UCUAUUCGACUUCCUCAUCGGUUACAAACUUACAAUUACGGAUUCCUACAUACGUUACGAUUUUCUUCAGUUACUUAUUACAAAGGAAGAUAAUUAAUAUUUUCGAUUCACGAGAAUAGUCUGAAACAUGUCGGUCCGAGUUUGAUUUUAUUUGUGUAUGAUAGUUAAUAUUCACAAUUCAUUUAUUUAUGUUAAUCCAAAUCUUGUUCCCUUUCUCUCUCUCUUUCUCUCCCUCUAACCAUAUAAACCAACUAUAUAUAACAGCACUUCACAACUUCUCAUGAACAAGUAGAAAAAAAAGAGCAAGACUAAUAAGCCAUAUAAGAGACAACAUGAACAACCUAGACGAGAUCAAGAUCGAGAGCAAGACCUGCCUCAACGAUCAAGAACAAGAAGUCAAAAUAGACAACAUGCACAUGAGCGACCAAGACAAGAACAAGAUCGAAAUCAAGAACAAGAGUGGCCUCGGCGAAAAGUGGCCAGAACCCAUCGUCCGAGUCCAAUCUCUAGCCGAGAGCAACCUCACUAGUCUCCCUGACCGUUACAUCAAGCCGCCGUCUCAACGCCCUCAAACCACCAUCAUCGACCACCAACCGGAAGUAGCUGACAUAAAUAUACCGAUCAUAGACCUAGACAGUCUAUUCUCUGGCAAUGAAGACGACAAGAAGAGGAUAUCCGAGGCAUGCCGUGAAUGGGGAUUCUUCCAGGUAAUCAACCAUGGCGUGAAGCCGGAGCUGAUGGACGCAGCUAGAGAAACUUGGAAGAGCUUCUUUAAUUUGCCUGUUGAAGCCAAAGAAGUUUACUCAAACUCCCCAAGAACCUAUGAAGGAUAUGGAAGCAGAUUGGGUGUGGAAAAAGGAGCCAUUCUUGAUUGGAAUGAUUAUUACUAUCUCCAUUUUCUUCCUCUUGCCUUGAAGGAUUUCAACAAAUGGCCUUCUUUACCUUCCAACAUUAGAGAAAUGAAUGAUGAGUACGGUAAGGAACUAGUGAAGCUAGGUGGGAGACUAAUGACGAUCUUAUCGUCAAAUUUGGGGCUAAGAGCAGAACAACUUCAAGAAGCAUUUGGUGGAGAAGACGUUGGUGCAUGUUUGAGGGUUAAUUAUUACCCAAAGUGCCCUCAACCGGAGCUUGCCCUCGGCCUCUCCCCUCAUUCUGAUCCCGGCGGCAUGACCAUCCUCUUGCCGGACGAUCAAGUCGUCGGCCUUCAGGUCCGUCACGGUGACACGUGGAUCACUGUCAAUCCUCUCCGCCACGCUUUUAUCGUCAAUAUCGGCGAUCAAAUUCAGAUACUAAGCAAUUCGAAAUACAAGAGCGUGGAACAUCGAGUGAUAGUGAAUUCGGAAAAAGAAAGGGUUUCACUAGCAUUCUUCUAUAACCCUAAGAGUGACAUUCCGAUCCAACCAAUGCAACAACUUGUCACCUCUACGAUGCCUCCCUUGUAUCCUCCCAUGACCUUUGAUCAAUAUAGACUCUUCAUUAGAACGCAAGGUCCACGUGGAAAAUCCCACGUUGAGUCUCAUAUAUCUCCUCGUUAAUUGAUAUCUACUUCAUAAAAUGUCUGAUAAAUAGAAUAAUUGAUACCGAAGCUAUGGAAGCUUAAAGAACUACCUAGAGAUUCCAAAAGAUUGGUGAAGAAUGAAGAUAUAUAUACAUAUAUAUUGAGAUCAAAGUGAAUCGACUAAAGACCGAGAACUAUCAAACAUUUGUUUAAGUUAAAUUACUUUGUAGUCACCCUUGUAGUGAAUUAUAUAUGUUUAUAAUUAGUUCUUUUAGGUUCUAUUGUAUUUCUAUUAUGCAAAAUCAAUAUCCGUGAUUUAUGUUGAAGCAUGUCUAUCAAUAAUUAUGCCUCCUCUAUCUCUAUGAUUAGUAACAUU